AUGUCGGCCUCUCAGAGGAUGAACCGCAGCGGCGCCUACAACUACUUCCUCAACAUGGUGGCCUAUCAGAUAUGCUGUUGCUGUGGACCGGCUCCCUGCUCGCUCUGCUGUGCCUUCUGUCCUCCGGUCAAAUCCUCCACCAGCACGCGGGUCAUGUACACCCUCUUCCACAUCAUGAGCUGCGCUGUCUCCUGCCUCAUGCUGUCCCGCACCGUCUCCGAGCUCGUCAGGGAAAAUGCGCAUGGUGGGGGCCACUGUGAGAUGCUGGUGGGCUACUCAGCGGUAUACAGAGUCUGCUUUGGCACUUCUUGUUUCUACCUGAUGAUGGCGAUCUUCCUCAUUGACGUGAAGUCCAGUCAGGACUUCAGAGCGCUCGUACACAACGGCUUCUGGUUCCUGAAGUUCAUCACUCUGCUGGCGAUGUGCACCGCUGCCUUCUUCAUCCCAACAGAGUCCUUCCUGCAUGCUUGGCAUUACGUUGGUGUGGUGGGAGGAUUUGCCUUCAUCCUCAUCCAACUCACCCUUAUCACAGCUUUUGCGCACACCUGGAACAAGAACUGGUUGACCGGAGCAGCAGAGAACAAGCGUUGGUAUCUGGCGGUGAUGUGCGCCACCCUCUUCUUCUACACCAUCGCCACCAUGGCCUUCACUUUCAUGUACAAGUACUACACACACCCCAUCGCCUGCCACUUCAACAAGGCCCUGCUGUGGAUCAACCUGGGACUCUGUGCCCUCGUGUCCUUCAUUGCCGUCACACCGUGCGUGAAGCAGAAGCAGCCUCGGUCGGGGCUCCUCCAAGCCUCCAUCAUCAGCUGUUACGUCAUGUACCUCACUUUCUCCGCGCUGUCCAGCCGCCCGCCAGAGAAAGUGGUGUAUCAGGGCAUGAACAUGACCGUCUGUUACCCCACCGUGGGACAAGAUGGCAUCCAGAACGAAGGCAACGCUGUGGCCAUAAUUGGAGCUGCCAUCAUGUACUGCUGCGUCCUCUUUGCAUGUAAUGAAGCUUCCUACCUGGCAGAGGUGUUCGGUCCGUUUUGGAUGAUCAAAGUUUACCGCUACGAGUUCCAGAAAGCCACCUGCUGCUUCUGCUGCCCCGAGGAAGAGGAAGCUGACGAGGAGUUUGUGAUUGACGAAGAGAACAAAGGCUGUCAGAAAGUUAUUCAUAACGAGACGCAGAGAGUGGCGUACAGCUACUUCUUCUUCCACUUUGUCUUCUUCUUGGCCUCGCUGUACGUCAUGAUGACCCUCACUAACUGGUUCAGCUACGAGUCAGCAGUGUUGGAGACCACCUUCACCCACGGCAGCUGGUCUACCUUCUGGGUGAAGAUGUCGUCGUGCUGGGCCUGUGUGAUCCUCUACCUCUGGCUGCUGCUGGGCCCUCUGUGCAGCUGUCAGCCGGAAUCCAGACCUCGCCGCUCACGCAUCAAACGGCGCUCAGGAUCCUCGCGUCACGUUUCCGUCAUCAUCUGACACGCUCUGCGAGCGGUAAGACAGGGCGCGAUGUGGACAACGGGGUCAGGCCGCUCCUGGAGCCAGGGGUCAGGGGGCAAAGACUCACAGUGCUGUGAGAAGGACCAAUCAGAGGGCCCAGUGCACUGUUGCUAUAAGAAGAACUGGAUAAAGCCCUGAUGUCACCGGCUGCACACCAUGUAAUUAAACCACUAGCGAAGACUUGACUGUGGUUUGGAAACACACUUAAAGUAUGAAUUGCCAAAGGGAUCAGAAGAGAUGAACUCUCACUCUGCGUAAUGUGGGAGUUACAGUACGUAGGUGUAAACAUGGAUACAUUAUGAACUUUCAUUUUAGUAACAUUUUCAACUUUUUAGACUUUUAAUAUUGUAACAGAGGAGUAUUCUAGAUAUUUGCUGUAAUAUUGCUAGAGAGGCGCACAUCCCAAUUAGGUUUUUCUUUCUUUCUAAUAGACAAACGAAUCUGUCCUAAAAUUGAAAGCCCUGUUUGCCCUCCGAUCUGUGAUCAUGAACAAAUCUUUCUCAAAGUUGGAAAGGGAGAGCUGUGGGCUGAAUUGCAUCAAAGUUCAAACAUAACCUCGGAUGCAAGAGAUGACACAUUUCAGCAGCUUGUUGCAAAAAGUCGUUACAAGUAUAAUCAAAGAAAGGAACGAAAUAUUUAGGCAGAUCAUUUACGCUAAUAGUGUUCAACCAUAUGUCAUGAGUGACGGUUUUCUAUUCAACCAAACACUACAACAAAUGUCUCCGUGUAGCGUUUGGUUGGAAGAUGAACUUUAGGCUUUUCUUCCUUUCAAGUUUUUCAUACCUGCAUCAUCUUUUUUUAAUUUUUUUUUAUAAAUCUUAAUAAUCAAAACUCACAUGGAAAUUUAAACUUCCAAUCUGGAAUUUCAGUUUUCAUUAAGUUACCUAUGACGCUACAUGGCACACACAGUAAUAUCGGGGUGAUAAAACACAUUUCAACGAUCAGCCACUCACCUUCAAUCAAAUUCAGUUACCCACAAGUUACAGCACAAGCUUUAAAAAAAUAGAUCAACAUUGUAGGCAAUGCAUGGAGAGGAAUACUUUUAGUACAUGACUCCCCAUAAAGCCACAACUUGUUGAUUUAAUAUUUAUGUUUGUGUACAGAUUAAACAAACAAGAUAAAACAUGCUAAUUAGUGAGCUGUUGAGCAGUGGAUCCCAUUUCCAGCUAAAGCUAAUCAAUUCCUAGCUAUACCCCCCAGAUAAUGCACAGACAUGAAAGUUGUGUCGAUCUUCUCAGCUAACUCUCAUAAAAAAAAUUGAAUAAGUUUGUAUCCUAAAACGUCAAACUAUUGCUUGGACAUUUAUUUUAAGGACUUUUCAAUUCAGUGUUACAAUGCAUUUAGUAGGGGUGGGAUUCUCUAGGCAACUCAUGAUUCGAUUCUGAGGGCUACAACGCAAUUUUGAAAGAAGAAAGAAACGGUCGGAUUGUAUCUAUCUGCGGUUGCUUACACUCAGCCAUGUCACCAAAACCCAAGAUGUAGCCUAGCUUAGAAUGUAAACAUGACACACAAGUUUUAUGUCUGCUAUGGUUCACCAUCUAUGUGGUUUAGCCAUAAGAAACAUACAGCCCGGGCAAAAUUGUUACAGGUGAUCACAAUGUGGGCAAUUGUGUAUAACAUUUCCAAUUACUGACUUGCCUGCGUCGAAACAUAAUCUUUUAAGGAAAAGUUGCAAUGCAUCUAAGAAUCGAUUUUUUUCCCCCAUCCCUAGAAUUCAGGUUACCUUGCCCAUGUCAGCUGGAUUCUCACGAGAUUACGCUAGAAUCACAGGAUCAGAUAUCAGACAAAAAUCCAUCUCGUCAGGCUUCAACUAGGGUAUUGUGUCUGAGCUACCAGCUUACCGAACCAAUCAGCGUCCGGAUUCCCCCCAGGAUGGCGAAGGCAUGUCCCGGCCUACUCUGUCUUACUCUAACCCCCUAACCCUAACCCUAAGCCUAGCCUCUGACAUUCUUACCCUAACCCUAACCAAUCUAACUCCUCAUGCCUAAACGUAACCAACCCUACCAGAGCAGGCAGCAAGUACUAGCCAAUCAGAGGGACAGUAAGGCCAGUUAUGCCUUCCCCAUGCCUUCGCCAUGUCUUCGCCAUACUAGGAAAAAGAUUAUUACCGGCAGCUACGGUCGCGGCGGUUCGUUCAAAACAGCAAUGGAUAGACAGAUGGUUCAUCAAAUCAUCAAAUCGCCUGCCAGGUAUUUUUAGAAAGUGCUUGCCCUUUUCAGUUUCCAAUGACGGCUUCUCCGAUGGUUCUGUGUAACAAACCAUCAGGUUAGAGUUGAGGUAUCACUGCUGCAAAUUCCCACAAUUUGAAAUCAGCUGCUGGAAAGACAAUGAAUAGAACAGUCACACUGUAGUGUCACAGAAUAAUAGCAUUCACUUCAUUUAUUUUAGUGCUGAGAGUUGCAUCCUAUCAUUCAAUUAUAAACGUUAACUCCUACACUUGUCGUUAAGGCAGCUUCAGUUCAACGCCAAAAACAAAGAUUUGUUCAUGUGUUGAAAUAAAACUUGCAGAGACCAGGGUCACGGGGAUAACAGUUUCUCUAUUUCAGUAUUUUCCCUCCAUCUUUUCACAAGAUUGUUCUUUAAAUGUGUCUGACAGAGUGACUGAAAGGCAGCUAAACAGAAAUGUAUGAUGUUCUUUAAAGUUCAACACAAGAGGCUUGUUAAAUUGGGGCAAAACACUUUGCAUUUGACUUACAAUGAGGAACGCGUUGCAUGCUCGCAUUAUGUUGCUUCAUAGUUCAUCGUUCACUUAAUUCUUGUUUACAUUUUGCUUUGCAUGUGUUAGUCUAUUUAAAAAAACUUUAAAAAAUUUAAACCAAGAGUGCUCAAAAAACAAAACGAUACUAAAAGUCACUUCCAGAAGGGAUAGAAGCGUUCUGUCUCAUGCCUUCAGAUGAAGUAGUCAUGUCAGCUGAGAUGAACCGUGCUGUGAAUCUAAAAUAGCCCCCUAUUCCCCCAUAUGUUUAUGUUGAUGUUGGUAUGUGGAAACCUGGAACUGGUUUCACCACUGAAGGGGCGCUGAGCUGAGCGUCUGCGAUUACUUCUUUACAGUUAAUGAGCAGAAAUCUGGCUCAGUCAAUAACAUAAAUAUGUAUAGUUAUAUUAUCUGUAGUUUAAAGUAUGUAUUCUACGGAAGCCCUGAGAGGCAAGUGAGAAAAAAAUAUUCUGGUAAUCCUUUCUUUUUUAAGUCAGAUCUAAAUAGGUUUUUUUCUCAUGUGUUUAUGACUUAAGAACAGGUGAAAAAAUAAUGUUUUGGAGGGAUUGUUUUAAAUAAAA